CAUUCAUAAGACAGAGGCGCUACGGCCACGGCAGGGGCACGCGAGGCUGGGACUUGGGGACUUGAUUGUUGUGGUUCUUCUUCUUGGGGACUGUGAGACUCGGCUUGAUAUUUUUUUUCCGGAGAGAAAGUUUUUGGAAGGAUUUUUCUAGCUAAUUCUACAUUUUGUUUUGGAGGACCGACUUACUUUCUUCUUCAUUACUCCCCUCCCCCUGUGGGGCCCGCCGGACGCGUGGACGAGACCGCACCCGAAGCAGAUUCGGUACAGCAGGAGAGUGCUUUCCACGUCUGGGGGAGCGAUCCCCCCACGCUCGUGGGUCCUACGGAAUUUGGACUUUCAGGAGACAUCGCGGCAUCCUGUGGGGCCUGGGCACCGCAGAGGAAUUGCACAGAAACUUAGCCAUUGUUUGGAGCGGGACGCUUCCUUCUCCCCGAGCUUCUCCGGACAGCUCACUUUGGGGACGCGCUUGGCUCACCCCGGACUCGCACUUUUCUUCUCCCACCCGGCCAUAGCCUUGGCUUCCCGGCGACCGCAGCGUGGUCACAGGGGCCCCCCUGUGCCCAGGGAAAUGUUUCAAGCUUUCCCCGGAGACUACGACUCCGGCUCGCGGUGCAGCUCCUCACCCUCCGCGGAAUCUCAGUAUCUGUCUUCAGUGGACUCCUUCGGCAGUCCACCCACCGCCGCCGCCUCCCAGGAGUGCGCCGGUCUCGGGGAAAUGCCCGGUUCCUUCGUGCCCACGGUCACAGCGAUCACAACCAGCCAGGACCUCCAGUGGCUGGUGCAACCCACCCUCAUCUCUUCCAUGGCCCAGUCCCAGGGGCAACCACUGGCCUCCCAGCCCCCGGCUGUCGACCCCUACGACAUGCCGGGCACCAGUUACUCCACCCCCGGCAUGAGUGGCUACAGCAGCGGUGCAGCUAGUAGCAGUGGGGGGCCUUCCACCAGCGGGACCCCAGGCGGACCUGGGCCUGUGCGCCCGGCCCGCGCCCGGCCUCGGAGACCCCGAGAGGAGACGCUCACGCCAGAGGAAGAGGAGAAGAGGCGAGUUCGCCGGGAACGAAACAAACUUGCGGCGGCUAAGUGCAGGAACCGUCGGAGGGAGCUGACUGACCGGCUCCAGGCGGAGACAGAUCAGCUGGAAGAAGAAAAGGCGGAGCUGGAGUCCGAGAUCGCCGAGCUCCAAAAGGAGAAGGAGCGUCUGGAGUUUGUGCUGGUGGCCCACAAACCGGGCUGCAAGAUCCCCUACGAAGAGGGGCCGGGCCCUGGCCCCCUGGCGGAGGUGAGAGAUUUGCCGGGGUCAGCAUCCACUAAGGAAGAUGGUUUCGGCUGGCUGCUGCCGCCCCCGCCACCACCGCCCCUGCCCUUCCAGACCAGCCAAGACGCACCCCCCAACCUGACAGCUUCUCUCUUUACACACAGUGAAGUUCAAGUCCUCGGCGACCCCUUCCCCGUUGUUAACCCUUCGUACACUUCCUCGUUUGUCCUCACCUGCCCGGAGGUCUCCGCGUUCGCCGGCCAACGCCCCAGCGGCAGUGACCAGCCUUCCGACCCCCUGAACUCGCCCUCCCUUCUCGCUCUGUGAACUCUUUAGACACAAAACAAAACACACACAAGGGAGAGAGAUGUGGAAGAGGAGGAGGAGGAGAGAGGGGAAGAGACAAAGCGGGCUGCGUGGCCCCUGUUGUCUGACCCUCCGCCCUGCCGUCCACGGGAGGACCCUUGGGUUUUGUGCCGCCUCUUGUUUCUGCGGCCCCGGCGAGGCCAGAGAGCUGGUGACUUUGGGGUUAGGGGGUGGGAGGGGAUGGACACCCCGGGCUGCCUGUUGGCCACGUCGCUGCAACCCAACCUCUGGGGAUGG